AUCACCCCUACUUUAUGCUUUCUUACUUACAAACGAAGAACCCAAUAAAAUAAAACAAAAUAUAAUUGGAAGAAAAGAGAGCAUCUGAGAGUAGUAGAAGAAGAAGAAGAUGAUGAUGGAGAAGAGAAAGAUGGUGAUGUGUGGUGUGUUAUCACUUCUUGGUUUGUUAUCUGCUGUUACUGCCUUCGCUGCUGAAGCUACCAGAGUCAAGAAAUCUCAGGUGACGGUUACCAAAGUGGAUUCUGUCGCACGAUGCUCUUACAACAGAAGUCCAGCUUACAAUCUCAGCUUCGCUUCAGCUAUCUUUCUAAUGAUGGCUCAGAUAAUCGCCAGCGUCGGUAGUGGUUGUUUCUGUUGUAGAAAAGGUCCUUCUCCCACCAGAACUAAGUGGAUUCUCGCCUUAGUCUCCUUUAUUGUUUCCUGGUUCACUUUUGUGCUAGCUUUCCUCGUGCUACUAACUGGAGCUUCACUCAACGAUGAACACUUCGAGGAGACAACCAACGCCACCAGCUACUUCUGCUACGUUGUGAGACCAGGCGUUUUCUGUAUCGGUGCUCUCAUUUCUCUUUUCACUGUAGGUCUCGGGAUUGUCUACUAUCUAUGUUUGAAUUCGGUUAAGCAAAACGUUUCUGCUGCCACCACAACGACGCCGGUUAACCAAGGAAUAGCGAUGGGACAGGCUCAGAUUCCACAGAGAGUAGAAGAUCCCGUCUUUGUUCAUGAAGAUACUUACAUGAGAAGACAAUUCACUUAAAAAAAAAAAAUACAGAACAAGGCUUGCUUGUGAAUCACGUUAGGGGUUUAGAAGGGUAUUUUAGAUUAAAAAAGGGCUUUGUGCUUGUUUUGGUUUUUAUCUUGUGUGAACGUAAGACUAUAAGAGAGACUUGGUAGCUGGAUUAAUGAAUGAUGAUUAAUGUUGUUGGAAUGUUAUAAUCAUAGAGUACCCAAACAAAGUCAUUUGCUAUCGUCUUGAAGUGUAUAGUUUCUCCUUUUC